AUGGUCGAGUUAGAGCAUAUUCCGGCUCUCUUUCCGACUUCGGAAGAAUUUCGGGACCCGAUUAGAUUUUUAUCAGAACCUGUGGCUCAAAGAUUGGGCAAACGUUAUGGUAUGGUCAAGCUGGUGCCACCAGCGGAUUUUAAACCUCCUUUGUCUAUAAAUGAAGACAUUUUCAGGUUUAAGGCUAGGUUGCAAAAUCUAUCUGAACUUGACAUUUUGAACCGUGGAAGACUUUUCCUCAUGCGACAGCUUGACAAUUUCCAUAUGAUUGGGAAAAGGAAGCGAACAGCUGCUUUUCAGCAGCCGUUCGUGGAGCAAGAGGGCCAAAAAGUGCACUUUUACGACGUUUUUAUCGAAGUUGUGAAAUAUGGGAGUAAGAGUCCAGAGCUGGACACAUCAGAGCUUAAGAGUUCAAAAAAACGAAAAUUCGCUACUGGAUUUCUCCCAGAAUCGUCUACAAGUGGUCACGAAUUGACUUUGACCCCAUUGAAAGAUAUCAAAAGUGAUAGCAGGCUCUGGAAACAUGUGGCAAAGAUGUCAGGUACAUCUGCUAAAGCCGCAAAACUUGUAUUUGACGACUAUCUCGCGCCGUACUACAAUUACUUGCAAAGAAAGAGUCAACAAAGCCUUGAGAAGGGCCCAAACAAAUCGUGGCUAACACAGCUUGUGUACGAUGAAAAAUACCCUAAAUCGCUGCUGAACGAUGCCGAGAGCGACGACGACGAAGAAGAGGACUCUGAAGCUGGUUGCUAUAUUUGCAAACGCAACAGUCAUGGAAGUAAAACCAUUCUCUGCGACUCCUGCGACAAGCCGUUCCACCUGUUUUGUCUCAAGCCAGCACUUGAACAAGUGCCAAAAGGCAACUGGAUGUGCGACAACUGUGUGGUGGGGAAUGGCUUUUACGGGUUCAAAGAGGAAAAAGAAUGGUACUCAAAGAAUGGUUUCCGUGAAAGGUGUCUGAGGUUUGACGAGCGAAUGUGGCCAAACGGCGACAAGCUAGAAGAUUUAGAUCGAUUAGAGCAAAUGUUCUGGGAAAGGGUGAAAGAUAUUGAAAAACCAAGUACCAUACGUUAUGGUGCCGAUAUUCACAAUGAGGGUCCCGGUGUAAUGACAGGCUUUCCUACGAAAGGUUACGUGCCCCCGUCUAUUGGUGAAAACCCAAAAAGUCUGAGUGAAUAUCUCGACUAUACUUCUCAUCCCAUGAACUUGAUGAAUCUUCCUCAAGCUAGAGGUUCUUUGCUUUCGCUAUUUGGCAAGAAAAUUUCUGGUAUGACAAUACCAUGGAUUUAUAUCGGUUCAACGUUUUCCACCUUUUGCUGGCAUUUGGAAGAUCAAUACACAUUGAGUGCUAAUUAUCAACAUGAAGGCGAUCCCAAGAUUUGGUACAGCAUUCCUGAAAGUUCGUGCAGUAAGUUUGACAAUCUAAUGCGCCACAUUGCCCCGGAUAUUUUGGAAAAACAACCAGAUCUACUCCACCAGCUUGUCACUCUGGUUGCACCCUAUGAUAAAAAAUUCCAAGACGCUGGAAUUUCUUGCUACAAGGCCAUUCAAAGGCCAGGCGAAUAUAUCAUUACAUUUCCAAAGUGUUAUCAUGCUGGCUUUAAUUCCGGCUACAAUUUCAACGAGGCGGUAAACUUCACUAUUAACUCCUGGUUGCCCUAUGGUCUCGAAGCUACUUACGACUAUAUCAGGAGCGGGAAGCCAUGCGUUUUUGACAUGAAUGAACUCAUGCUUAAUAUCAUCACGUCUUUUCUCCGCGGCCAGACCCAUUUUGACAAUAGCUUUAUCAGAAUAUGCUAUUCCGAACUAUUGCACUCAUUUAACCUGGAGAUGAAGUUGCUAGAUCAGUUGAACUUAGAUCCUGACAUCAUUAAGGUUGUAAGUUCCUCUUCCUCACCAGACAAAAGUCGUGUGGCUGAAAGAACGGCCGAGUUUUCCGGGAAUAACGACGACGACGAGUCUCAAGAAGGCGACGAGAACGAUUCUGACUCUAACAGCGAGAGCAGCGAUGACGACGGUAUUUUUUGUUCGCAGUGCCGGACCAUCUGUCCAUUUACAUUCGUGGUGCACUACAACAACAAAAAUCGUAAACGAAGACGACUAAGAACUAGAAGCUUCGCGGAAUGGAAUUUGAGAGCUUCGCAAGACGAAUUCAAGAUUCUCUGUCUUCGAGAUUAUUCCCAGUAUUUCUCCGAUACCGAGCUCGACGAUAAAAAUAAAAUGGACAGCAAUCAAGAUAAAGAUGAGGUACAUUUCGUUAAAGACCUAACAUCCAUAAGACAGACGCUAAAAGAAGCUCAACGUAAAAUUGAUGGCGUAGGAAGGUGA